CCGGAAGAAGCCUUGAUCAUAAACAAUGUCUGAAUUUCCAGUGAGUCCUUUUUACUGAAUCCAGCAGCCUGCUCAGCUUGUAGCCAGUAUUUCUUAAACACACAGUCACUCGCAGCAGUGUACCGUCUUGCGUUGAGCCUGUGAGCUCUUCUGAUGGCAUAAAUGUCACCACAUUUUUGCCACCUGUACCCGGAGCUGACAUGCAUCGAUGCAUUCGACAAUCACUGAAUCAAGAGCUCUGUUGUACAAUUAUUCGGUCUGCAUCCCAGCAUGGGCCCGGAAGUUGUUUGGGAUUCCCAGGUAAAAAAAAAUCCCGGAGAUGCUGUCGUCGCCUGGGAAAACAAACAGCUAUCCAGACAAUUAAAAAGGAAAACACCGAUCGGUCGCCAGGUAAGGAAGAGGCUUGUGGACUUCACCACGGCGCUUGGUAAGACCAUCCAUCGGUUUUAAUUCGGAAGUACGGCAUGUUUUUGAGUAGUUGGUAGGGUGAAUGCCAUUUGUCGUGUGGUCGGGUGCCAUAGCAACGGCUCAUGAGAAACAUUGUAUAGCUCAGGCCAGUUUGACGUGCUCGAUAUUUGAUGACAGCUGCGUUCAUGCGGACAAUUUGGACAGUGGCAACUCCUGCAACAAAUUGCCGCCGUGUCUCGCCGCUGUCUCGACCGUCAGUGAGCUGAUUGGUGCCGUAACGGACCAAAUCCACCGAGCAGCUAAGAACAAGUAGUCACGGAUAUAUGGAGAAGCGUGAUAGUUAUUUAGAAAAAUAUGUUUUCACUGCACAGUCGCCCAUCUCGGGCUGAGAGGGAUUGUCAGGCAAGGGUCGGCGCUGUGGUUGCGCGUCCCUUUUUUCUUUAAUCGCCGUGCCCUAGUGUGACUGGUGCGUCUCCCGGCUGCAUCAGCGCCUGUUGCUCCCCAUGCGCGGCCAAUGCCAGGAUAUUAAUUUUCCCUGCGAUGUGUUGUCUCCGCCCCCCCUCCCCUCGCUCUCUCCACAGACUCCUCUGUCCAUUGUUGUCAUCCAUUUGAGCAAAAGGUGCAGCAUUGCACAUCUGGGUGUUUUCUCUCUCUCUCUCUCUCUCUCUCUCUCUCUCUCUCUCUCUCUCUCUCUCUUCUUUCCAACAUGAAAUCCUCACCUGAAGUCUGGCCACAAUAAUAUACAUACUAAAAUAUACACUGCAUGGAUGUAAAAUGUAACUCAAAUUGGUGUUUUUCUACAUACCACACUUUAUUGUCUGCAGUGGAGUAACUGUACCUACAGUAACCUACAGUAGGCCUACAUUUCCCAUGUUAAUUAUUAUUAGCCUAUUGCACAUACACACAGAGGGUGGACAAAAUAACAGGAACAAUUUACAAUAAAAUAAACAUAACCUAUAAAUGUAAUCCCAACAAAAUUCAAUGAAAUAAGAUUUAUGAUAUAUAGCCAUACAUGUAUAUCAUAAAUAGAGAGAUUAUAAGAAAUUGCUCCAUUUAUGCACACUGGGUUGGGUAAAAUACUACAUACAGCUUAACUUGUCUAACUUGGAUUGUUUUUUUCCCUACUCAUCUGUAUUCCUCUCCUGUCUUGCUAUCUUCAUCUUCUCCUAAUGAUGCAUGUUUCUCCUGGGAUCAAUUAAAUUUAAUCUUAAUAUCUUAAUUUUAUAAUUUGGUGAGAUUAUGUCAAACUUUCCAAUCGAGGGGGCGUAGUUUUGGCGCUUUUACACUUGAUGUCUUUAUAGAGUAAAUUGUUCCAGCUAUUUUGUCCACCCACGGCAGUUUUAACUCCUCCUCCACUCUAUAAAUGGGUAGCCUCUCAUAUUCAUCUGCUGGCCACGGUGAAGAAGAAACUACAUGAUACAGAAAUAGCGGGCGGAAUCCAAGUUUACUGGAUUAGUUUAUUACAGUGUUACUUAUUAUUAGACACUUGGAAGUGAAAGCAUAAAGCUAUCGGUUUCCUAGCCUUAUUCUUGUGACACACACAGCUGGCAUCUGGUGAGAGAAUGAAUGCUGAUGACUGCAAUGGACGCUCAUAUGCACAGGGUAAUGGAGGGGAGUCAUCAAUGGAGCAGGAUUUUUAUGGCGGGUUGCAGGGCCCUUCAGCGAGAUCUCCAAACAGUCAUCAGUCCUCACCACACCGCUCCCUUAGUGCAAACUCCAUUAAGGUCGAGCUGUGCAGUGAUGAUGAGUCACCGGGCGCUCCACAGCCAGAGAACAGAGAGGCUGUGAAGGAUGAUAGCAGGAAGGAUGAAAGAGGGGACCCCAUGGAAGAAGGAAGCACAGAGUACGCUGGUGCUGGAAGAGAUAGAGCGAGCGUUUACAGUGAGAUGGCCAGUCCAAAUGCUGCUUCACCAGGACCUAUCCGGCUCCCUAAUGGGAAGCUCCAGUGUGAGGUGUGCGGGAUGAUCUGCAUUGGACCCAACGUGCUGAUGGUGCACAAGCGUAGCCACACAGGUGAGAGGCCAUUCCAGUGUAACCAGUGUGGAGCUUCCUUCACCCAGAAGGGGAACUUGUUGCGCCACAUCAAGUUGCAUUCGGGAGAGAAGCCUUUCAAAUGUCCCGUUUGCAAUUAUGCCUGUCGCCGGAGAGAUGCCCUGGCUGGACAUCUGCGCACACAUGCAGUUUCUUCUCCAACGGUGGGAAAACCUUUCAAGUGCAGCUACUGUAGUCGCAGCUAUAAACAACAAAACACACUGGAUGAACAUCAAGAGCGGUGCCAUAGUUAUCUGAAGAGUCUUGACCACCAGACUGCAGUCAACUCCAAAACAGCACAGGGUGAAGAGUCGCUAAAUAUGGAGACAAUUUCUAAACCUGUGCUCCAGCCAUCCAAUGAAAAAAUCCAGUUUGUGGAUAGACUGGCUAUUAGCAUCACCAAACGCAAGAGAUCAACACCACAGAAGUUUUUGGGUGAAAAGCACAUGCACCUCGACCUACCUGAAGCACCUUAUGAAUUGUCCUCUGGCUCUGAGAGGGAGGGGGACCUUAUGAGCUCUCAGCCUGCUGGGGACACUGCUGGGUUGGCUGGUUCACACCAUCAAGGUGGCAGGGGUAAAGGGGAGAACCAUGAGCCACCUGCACUGUCUCAGCUCCAUCCUGCCUUCCUGUCAGAGCUACGCACAGUUAUGGGCUCCAUCAACAGCAACAUGACUCCUCAGGGCCCCCGGGCCCAUGGUGGAGGUGGGCCGACAACAAUGCCUCUUGGCAUGGCUGGGCGGGAGGCAGGUGAAGGCCGCGAUGACCAACCUUCAGCCCAUAGCCACACCACCUCGCCCAAUGGCUGCCCCGACUCUACAGACACAGAGAGCACAGCAGAAGAGCAGAGCACAAGGGCUACAGCCCCAACAAGUACCUCCAACAACCACCACCUCCACUACCAAACCCUAGCACUGCCCCGCAGCCAUCCCACUUCCAGCCCCAGCCAGGCCAAAGACUUGGACCAAGAGUGGGAGAGAGCGUGUCCUGUGCCGCCCUCCAUAGUAAAGAGGAGCCCUAGCUCACUCCUUUCUUCCAGGGAGACUGUGCAGGUGUUAGACAGGGAUAGCCGUCCUGUGCGCUCCUUCCACUGCCAGCACUGUCGCAUUCUCUUCCUGGACCAUGUCAUGUUCACCAUCCACAUGGGUUGUCACGGCUUCCACCAACCCUUUGAGUGCAACAUCUGUGGCCACCGCAGCCAGGACCGCUACGAGUUCUCAUCUCACAUCAGCCGUGGAGAGCAUCAGGUGGGCUGAGGAGAAGUGAUAGUGGUCGGAUGAGGAUAGGUGGCUGCUACUCUCUAAAGUUUGUGGGCUCAUGUUUGUUCUGCACCAGAUCAGUUGCUUUAAAUCCCAAGUGUAAGUAAAAAGAUUUGUGGUUUUAUUGUGAGAAUAUUUAUUAAACUAAAGCAGACGCGACUGAAAAAUCUUUUCACCGCAGCAUUUAAAGUUUAGUGGAGGCAAAUUACAUUCUAUGAUUGAUUGCACUCCCAUAUCAAAUCAUCUAGCAAAACUACUGUUUUUGCUUCAAAAGUGCCUUUUUUGGGGAUUUCCUCUUAACUAAAAAAAAAACUGGAGGGGGACUGGUGCUCAAAAAUCUUGACUAGCCAUCUUUUGCUAAGUGAUUUAGUUAGCACUUUUGAGAGGUCACAUGCACAGGCAGUUAAGAAAAGCAUGUACAUUUUAAGAAUUAUAUUUGGUAUGCUUAGUAUGUACUAAGAGCUUUGUUUUUGUGGUUGAAGAGGGUAUUUUGUGUAGUGUGUCAGGUAAGCUUAAUAUGCACUGAGAGCUUUGUGCCUCUGGGUUCGGGAGAAGCUUUUGUCACAGACGAAGCACAGAAAUGGAUUGCCUUAACUCCUACAGCAGUACGCUGCUGUAGGAAUACAUUGUUUACAGCGAGGUUCAACAGUGUGUGAAGUCACCUCAGAAGAGAGAAUAUUUGCAGCUGCACAGUGAGACUAUCAGGACAAAGCAAAAUCAUGAAGGAAGUGAACUUGAAAGCAUUCACCUGCGGGUGAAACGGGCGUUCAGGUUUAAAAUAGGUUUUUGGAUUUUAAAGUGAGCCUUAGAAUACUGGUGCAGAUCAGACCAUGAGCCAUGUAGUGUACAGUAAGAGCCUGACUGAGAUGGCCCAGGGUGCUAUACCUACACGGGAUUGCACUUCUAGGUUCCCUGCUUAUAUAUGAACAUCUUUGCCGAAGCACUUGAUGGCUUUACAAAUUUUUUUCUGUGAUUGUUCUACUGCACUGAUAAAUCGCAUACUACUCACAAUAAUUGAUCCAUCUAAUUUGCAACACCAGUGUAUUUUUAACGGAGCCGGCCUUCUACAGAAUCCCCACAGCGUUGCACUGGUUCUGCGGUCUACACUCAAGUUUGCUGCAAUUCUUUUGUGGUUUUGCACUCAGCGGUUUAGGCUGAGCUUUUAAACUGUUUGCAUAAUGUAAGUGAAUUAACAAAUGAAUUAUUUAAAAAUGAAUUAACACAAUCAGUUUGGAUCUGUUCAGUUAUCACUUGUGAUUAUCUAUUUAGUGUUGUUUGUUUCAGCCUUGGUGUAUUUAAUCAGCUAUAUUCCAAAUCUUAUCCAGCAUAUUCCUCAAGUCCAUGAAAUGUUACCUCCUGCUUCUUUAUAGCACCCAAAAACCUUAUUGCUACAGUAUGGUGAGUUAUCUGAUAAUGUUAAUAUUGGGAACAUGAAUGAGACCAAACUCAGUAUUCUUACUUGUUAUUGUGGGUUUGCUGCUUCAUAGUUUAACUUAAUUUCCUUUAAUCGCAGGCAAAAAUAUACUUGAAACUGUUUGAGAAAAAAGUUAAUCUAAAAAUGCACUUGGUUUGAUAAGUAGAGAAGUGUGUGUGAAUGGAAUAUAGCAUGUGUGCUUGUCAUUUUCUGCUUUUCCCUGAAUUGUGAAUUAUUUUUGAAAUGUGAAGUAAUUUCAAGAAGUGAAAAUGAGGCAUGGGAUUUUGUCUCCUUGUGUGGACUUUUAAAUGUUAUAUGAUAUUUUGUGAAUGAUGUAACAUGACAAAACACUUUACCUCAAAAGUUAAAGAUGUACAACUGCCUCAUUACUGUAUUUCAAAAAGUCAUGUUGCUUUCCAAGAUGUUCUUGCAGUUACAAAUGCGUGCCCCUCGAUAUUCUCAAAACUUUUUACUGUCAAUAAAGUUACGUUUAUUGUAAAA